AUGGAGCGGAUCCGGAGGUGGGCCGCGGACGUCUCGAGCCCCACGGAGGUUACGCUGUUUCUGCGGAAGCUCCCAGAGGGCUGCACGACGGCGAAGCUGAUGAACUGGGCCGACAUGUGUGGCCUGGAGGGCACCUACGACUUUGUCCACCUGCCGCGCCGGCGCCACGGCUUCAUCAACUUCUCUGGCACGGACCCUGCCCUCAGGUUCCAGGAGGCGCUCCGCAACUCCCCAGGCGUGAGCGUGUCGCACUCGACGACGCAGGGGCUGGAGCUGCUCAUGGCGAGGUUCCUGCACGGGCGUCAGCGCCACGCCCAGCCGGCCCACGCGCUCCCCUUCGUGCGGCAGCUGUGGCGGUGGGGCGGCUUCUACCCCACCGACGCCGUGCUCACGAGCCUGCUCGCGCCGAGCUCCCGCCAGGUGCCGCUCCCCAUGUGGCUUGGCGCGGCGCCCGCCGCCGCCUGGCACCGCCCCGCCGCACACGACGCCUGCGCCCACGAGCUCCUGGCGGCGCCGCCGGUGCCGCGCCAGGCGCACGACGCGCCAGGGGGGGGGGUCCUGCGCGGCGCGCCGCGUUUCUCCCCCUGCGCCCGGCAGGCGGCCUCGGCCGGGCGAGCGCCACCGCCAGGCCCAGCCGUGGCCGGCGCCCUCACCGAGGUCCCCGCUGGUCGCGGCGAGGGCGCGGGCAGCGGCGCCGCCGGGCGCGCGCCGGGCCCGGCAGCGCGGCGCGCGGCGGCAGCGGCGGAGCACGCCAGCCUGGGCCGCGCGCGCUGCGCACUCUGGCCAGGUGAGGCCGCAGGGGCGUGGUGCGGCGGAGAGGGCGCGGCCGCGUGGGGCGGCCAGGUGCCGCGGGGCGCGUGGGCGGCCGCGGCGCCGCUGGGCCGUCUGCCGUCGGGUUUCACCCUCGUGCAGCGGCUCAACCUCUGA